GUGAUGUUGUUGUUGGACCGAAGUGGAGCAGUGUCCCAGCAUGCACCUCGACUGCGGCUAACAGCUAACGGCUAACUCCAGAGCUCAGUGCUUCAGCGGGCUCCAUCUGAGAGAAGCCCCGGCUCCAGAGCUGCAGUCCCGGUACACACUCCUCCUGACCGCCUCCUGACGCCUCCGGACCACAAACUCUCCCCCCGGGCACUGACGGGCACACAGCGGGCACACACACGGGCACACACGGGCACACAGCGGCAGGAGCCCAGUCCUCCAGAAGAGCCGAAGAUGAUUAAGCUGUUCUCCCUGAAGCAGCAGAAAAAGGACGAGGACCUCGCCGGAGCGAACAGGACCGGGGCCGGGGGAAAGAAACCCAGCGCGGCCCAGCUGCGGAUCCAGAAAGACAUAAAUGAGCUGAAUUUGCCGAAGACGUGUGAGAUAAACUUCCCAGAUGACGAUGAUCUGCUCAACUUCAGACUUAUCAUUUGUCCAGACGAGGGUUUUUACAAAGGAGGAAAGUUUGUGUUCAGUUUUAAGGUAGGGCCGGGUUACCCCCACGACCCACCCAAAGUGAAGUGUGAGACCAUGGUUUACCACCCCAACAUCGACCUGGAGGGAAACGUGUGCCUCAACAUCCUACGGGAGGACUGGAAACCUGUGCUUACGAUAAACUCCAUCAUCUAUGGCCUUCAGUACCUCUUCCUCGAGCCUAACCCUGAGGAUCCUCUGAACAAAGAGGCGGCCGAGGUUUUACAAACAAACCGUCGUCUCUUCGAGCAGAACGUUCAUCGCUCCAUGAGGGGCGGCUACAUCGGCGCCACCUACUUCGAACGCUGCCUCAAAUAACACGCCCACGGCCCCUCCCCCGCCCCCUGUCUCCCAUCCCCGCCCCCUUACCACCUGGCCCCAUCUCUGCCCGCUGUCCCCUAUCCCCACCCACUCACCUCCUGAUCUUAUCCCCUAUCCACGCCCACUUGCCCUUUGCCCCUCCCAUUUGGUCUCUCCCCAGUUUGGACCAGACUUUUUGGCCUCCAUUUUGAGCCCACCUGACGCUUGACCAGCGCUGACCUCAUCAUAACACACUCUGACCAUUCUGACGUCUGUCCAAAGUCUGAAAAUGCCAUCAGACUUGAGAAAAAAUGUUUCUUUUUGGCGUUAGCUCUUGUUGAUCAAUUUUAUAUUCUCUUUUCAAAAACAAAAUGGCUGCAGGUUUAGAUUUCACGAACACAACUUUUCCUUUCAAAAUGGUCCAGUUUCUUGUGAACGCCAAACCUCCUGAGGAUCGGCUGAUCUCUGACCAUUAGACCGGACCGAGUCUUUAUUCAAAUGUGCUAAAAUGUGACUUUAAAGACGACGAGAAAAUAAGACUCAUUAUAAUGUGCAAGUUGAACCUUAAAAUUAAUAUUCGCUUGACCCAAUAGCAGCAGCAGCAGAGCCAAAGGUCCAAACCAGGGACUGACCCAUUAUCCCCUCCUCAUCUCUUCUCCUCCCUCCCUCCCUCCCUCCUGUCUGCCCCCCUUUCCCUCACUGACUCUCCCUCCUCUCCUCUCCUCUUUCCUCCUCCCUCCCCUCCCCCUUUCACACCGGAUUCUCCACUGUCGGAUUCGCGCAGGACACCACCACACGGCGGCGCGCUUUUAUUUAAGCCCACGUCUCUUCAAACUGGACUUCAUUUCCCACAAUGCCUCUCUCUCUCUCUCUUGCCUGACCCCUCUCCUCCUCUAGCCUGACCCCGCCCCCUCGCCUGACCUCGCCCCUGAAUACAGACGUGUUGAACAGAACAGUGGAGCGACACAUCCGCCCCAUGCUUUACUUUGGAACGGACUUCAUUUCCCAUGAUGCUUUGUGGCAAAAUGGCUUCUUUCUAAAACAGCAAAAGUCAUAAGUUUUUUCUUUUUAUUAAAUGCUUAAAUUUAUGUGGAAAACUUGUAUGAGCCCGGAACACAAGGCGUUAUUAAAAUUAGUGACAAAAAUAUUA